AUGGGGCUGACGUUGACGGGCGCGUACAACACCAGACAGCUACAGAUCGUCAUCAUAAACAGCAUUCUCGUUGUACUCUCAAUUUUAGCAGUCGUUCUGAGAAUCUGGGCACGCAGGCUACAGGGUCUGAGUCUGUUCAUAGAAGACUAUCUGAGUAUUAUCGCUUUGAGUAACGAAGGUCUUCAUGCAGGUGUUGGGGAACAUGUCGAUACACUUUCAGCCGCUACUGUUCAGGAGUAUUCCUUGCUCUUCUGGAAUACCUGCCUUCCGGUUAUCAAGCUCUCUAUCGUCCUCUUCUACCAGCGCAUCUUCCCCGUGCCUUCCAUGAUAUUUGCAUGUCGCUCGAUCAUGCUGUUUUUGGCUGUAUGGUACAUUGCAUUUCAAACAACUGCCAUUUUUCAAUGUAUCCCAAUACAUCACGAGUGGCAGAAGAAGACCACUAAAGGGCACUGCAUAGACUUUGUCCCUUUUGUGACCACUUUAGCUGCGACCAAUUUGUGCACCGAUGUCCUUUUGCUGGUUUUACCCACACGAGAGAUUUGGAAGCUACAAAUACCCUGGGCUAGGAAGAUCGGUUUGUCAAUUAUCUUUACUCUGGGGGUCAUCGAACUGACAAUUUGCAACGGUAGUGUCUGUGCCAUCUCGAUUGUCCGCCUCGAAAACCUGAUUGCAAUCAGUGAUUCGGAUAUCACUUGUACGAUUUCCAUUGCUUGUCAAUUGUUGUGUGCCAUACUAAUCCAAUUUGGUCUGGGACAGAAAAGUGCGGCGCAGCGGAAGAUCCUUCAGUCGCCCACGGGAUGGGUCAUCUUCCUACCCCAGUUACGUGCGACCGCCAUACGAGCUGUCAAAGCUGUCAAAUCAGGUUACCUCGGCAGCGAGCCGGACAAGACAUCGGUCAGGAAGUGGAGUCGGCCAGUCAGUGUGGCUUCGAGACUUAGCCUUAGCGUACAUCUAGUGGCUCGACCAGCCGUGCGAUCUUUGCCAGGCCUCGUCAUGCGUGGCUCCAACUUUGAACACGCUAAUUACUUUGCGCUGAAUUUCUAUGUUGGGAAGCUUCCUGUAGAGGAUAAACGGCGAUGGGAGAUGCCGCUGAUGCAGUCCCCUGCUAGGAUGGCUCUUAGCGGCGUCGCUAUAUCCUAUCCCCGGUCUCGCAACGAGUCAGGAAAUUUCCCUUUGCCAACGUCUGUGGUGGCUCUCACUAGGACUUAUCAUCGAUCAUCGCAACAAGCUUUGGGGUCCCCUUGGCAGGCUUGGGGAACGGCCGCGGAACGGGGGAGCCCGACCCGGUGUGCUUAG